CUCUGGCUCGAUCCCCUCCUCCCUCAGUGCCAUCUCUCCCUCGAUCCCAUCUCUCUCUCUCUCGCAUCCUCUCCUGCACCUCGUCCCCAACUACCCAGGCCGGAGCUCCCGCUACUGCGCCUUGGACAGGAGGUCCCUCAUGGAGGCCUGCCUCCCUUGCAGCGCCCUCUCCUCCGUUCCGCUGCUCCGCCUCCCUUGCCAUGGCGCCCCAUCGGCCGGCGAGCCCAAGCCUGCCGUCGCGCCCGACCGAGUCUCCUCCCUCUACUCUACCUCGCCUCCGCGCAGCCGUCCUCCAUGGCCGCUGUCGGCCAAGCUCAAAGGUCCGCCUCUCCUCCUGCUGCUGCUCAGCUCCCUCCGACGCCUUGCCUCGGCUCCAUCCUCCCGCGUGCCCUGCUGGGCGCGUGUGUGCCCGCGUCCAGCGCCUCCCGCUCGUUCGGCCACGGCCUCCUCGACCACGAUCCUCUCCAUGCGCCGCCGAGGACCCUCCUCAUCGUGCACCGUCGCGGUUCGGUUUCUUCUCUCUCAAGGUCGAAGGAUGCCAAGUACCAAGAUGUCGAAGACCCGGCAAGUUCAUCUACGGGCAUGUGCGGCUAUCUUCACCAAAGACCCGUGUACGCUUACACAACGAACCUUGGAGUUCCACGAGAGACUAAGUACUCCGAUGACAUGUGUACCAUUACGCCCGAAGACCUUGGAUGCACCAAGUUCCACUACCGCCGACUAGUACGACUACCGCCGCAAAAACGAGACCGUCAAGACCGGACCGACAAGUACCCCGAGAACGUCGGUACCUCUACCGUCGACGUGCUUUUCGUUAAGUCCCUCUACGAAAAUGUGUCCCACUACCACCGCCCGAACGUCUAUGAAACAUGUACCAUGACCGUCGCUGAAGACCCCUUGGACGUCAAGUUUCGUGUCGUGACCCCGAACAUCGACAGACAUGAACCACUACUUCCCUUGACCACCCGUGAACGACUACUUCCUCUAUGAACCGAUCCGCUUCGAAAUGCACACUUCGAAGGUAUAACCCCGAGACGACCGUCCGAGAAUGAUUGCAUAUUUUGUAUGAGUUGCACCCGUUGUGUGCACCGUGAGUGUCUCUCGCUUCCAUGCUGUCGACACUUGGGACACCCGGUUACCGGGAGG